AGACCAGGAAGUUUUUUGUGCUUAUAGAAGGGGAAUUCUUUUUGAUAGUUAAAUCAAUAUUGAUAAGUAAACAGAUAUUUAACCAAUGUGAAAUACAAUAACAGCAUUUUAUCACGCAUUCAAACAGAAAGAAACAUGGGAACACUGAUGGAAGAAUUUCUUGGGAAACUGGUUAAAGAUAUUGCAGUAGAUCUUGACAGUGAAGAAAUACAAGACAUACAAUCCGCAGUUGAUGAUCUCUUGAGAAAGUCAUUAGCUGAUGUGGAAGAUAAAUACCCACACUUUAAAUCCACAAAGAUAGUGCCAUGUGGAAGUAUGGCUGAAAAACUCGGAUCUGGAGAUUUACGGGAGAUAACACAACAGCUGUCUUAGAGUUUGACUUUCUGGCCAUACUACAAAAGUUUCAACCAGGAUCUUUCAGAUAUGUGAAUUCUUGUGAAGGGUUUAUGGAAGUUGAAGACAUAUUGGGACAGUUUCCAGAGGAAUAUACUAAUACUUGCGAUGAGGCUGGUACAAUUGGUAAGAUCAGCAUUAAACGCUUUUCCUUCAAUUAUAGGCUAUACAUGAUGAAAUCGGUAUCAAAUCUAUGCAGUUGUUAUGAAUUCGAAACUGAAGAAGACAUAAUUAAAGGCUGUGAAGUAGUCAGAUUUGGAAAUGUCAAAAAAACAUGUCGAUAUGAUGAGAAUUGUGUCAAGUGCAAGGUGAAAAAGAGUACAGGCACCUUGGUGUUUGCUACUGGUGGUAAAUACGAUCCAAUAGAAAUGAACUGCACAGUAGCCUUUCUAUGGGAAAGGAACACUGAAAAAUGUUUUACAUCACCAUGUGAGUUGUCACGGCAACAGAAGAAUAUAAAUCAGAAAUUUAUCAUCCUCAUCGACUUUCUACCAGCAAUUGAAGUCACAAAGAUCAAACCUGACUUAUCCACAGAGUUACAUGGCACUGGAUCUGACAGUCACAAUAGCAGUAAAAGCGGAACUACUACACAUGAACAUGUUUGUUACCUGGUUCCAAAAGGAUGUAAAGGAGACCAUAACACGUGCUGGAAAGUAUCCAACUGUAAGUUUGAAAGACAACUAUUACAAUCUACUUCACAGGUACACAGAGAUUGUUACAUGGCACUUAAAUUCAUCCUGGACUACAUGCUGUCCGAUAUGAGUAACAUGCCUGGAAUACCAACAACAUACAUCCUGAAAACAGCUGUGUUACAUCACAUCCAAUCCUGCUCAAUGCCGGACCUGCUGCAAUGUGUAAUGGACAUUAUAACGUUUCUGUCUAACACACAUGAGAAUGCAUUCCUUCCCCACCUCCUGUUAAAUGACUUCAACCUUCUCGACAGUAAGAUUGUGGAAAAGAAUUUUAGUCUACAUGAUGAAAAUCAAUCAUGGACUGGAAAUAGAAAUUUUGUUCUCGGUAAAUGUUGGAAAUUCAUCCAACAACUUCUAAAAAAUCUUGAAACAGUUCUUCCAUCAGGGUUUGACUUUGGCAUGAUACAAACUGCCCUGAAGCUUACGACAGUAAUAUAUGGAGGUGUGUACUUGAGAACCACCUUUAAGGUUCAGUAUCUUCCAAAUGAAGAAGAACUUAUGAACAAUAUAAGCAAGAUAAUGAGGGAAGAAUUCAUUCCUCGUGAAGAGAUGGAAAAAGUGGUAAAAGUAAAAGGUGAUGACAAUAAUCAGUGGGAAAAACAUCUUUCAAAAAGUCAAUACAGCGAUGCAACAAUGCUGUACUCGAGCAUGAGACACAAGAUUCCAAAAAUGUUGGUAGAAGAAUUAGAAAGGAGAACAAAAGAGAAAAAGAAAGAAGAAACUUCAAGUAUUAUUUAUUACAGGAAAUAAAAUCAAAGAGAAAACUUGUCAAACAAGAGGGCCAAGAUGGCCCUAGUUCGCUCACCUGAGAAGAGUGUGUUCAUUGAAUUUUUACCAAAUGUAUUGGGCUGUUUGUAAAACAUGCAUGCCUGCAUAUGGGCUGUCAGUUGAAAUGGCAGCCAUUGUGUGAAUAUGAAUAUAUAAGUCAUUGUGACUUUGACUUUUGACCUUGGUCGAUUGACUUGUCAUCGGGACACCAUUUUACAGUGUUGAGUCAUUGUUAUUUAGACGUUUGACCUAGUGACUUGAACAUUAUGUUGGUCAUCUGCCAGUCAUGAUCAAUGUAACUAUGAAGAUCAUGAAUCUAGGCGUAAGCAUUGUCAGUAAAUAUCAAGAAACAAUUUUAUUGUUUUGAGUCACUGUGCUGUUGAUCUUUGAUGUAGUAAUUUGAAAUUCAAAAGGGGUAUUUUUAUAAUCAUGAUCAAUGUACCUAUGAAGUCUUUAUCCUAGGUGUUUUUGAGUUAUCAUUUGAAAAUCAAUUUUUGUAUUUUGAAUCACUGUGACUGUCACCUUUGACCUAGUGAUGAGAAGAUCAAUAGGGGUCAUUGCUGAGUCAUGAUCAAUGUAGCCAACAGUUAGAAAUUUACAUUCCAAACCUAAAUUUGGUACAUGUAGCUGUAUAUUUUAGAACCCUUUAUCAGCAGUAGCAUAUAUCCAUUGUUAUUGUCUUCUUUAAACACAGCCUGUUGACCAGAGCUCACACACUAACAAAUUACAGCAAAAUGUUAUUCCUGAUCCCAUACAUUAACUUCAUAAACCAUCAAUGUGUGUAUCCUUCAGCAUGACUCAUUCCUUCCUCUCUCUUAUAAUCAAUGUUAGGCAUCAAUGGGUUAAUAUCAAAUUGAGUUGUGUGUGUUUGUUCUUGUGUACUUGUAGAUUUUAGAACACAUAUGAACUGUAGUGUCCAAGUCUGAUAACAAAAUAAUAAUUGUAUAGUGUUUUCAUAGUUGACAUGUUAAGAUUUUAAAUAUAAAACAAACAAAUGAA